AUGCAUCGGUGUGUGCUGGAGCAGUGUGAGAAGAUUCUUGGACCAGACCACCCCAACACCCUAAUAAGCACUAGCGGCCUAGCUCUCGUGCUGGGAGACCAGGGAAAGUACAAUGAAUCAGAAAGGAUUCAUCGGCGUGUAUUGGAGGGGUAUGAGAAGAUUCUUGGACCAGAACACCCGUGCACCCUA